UCUCCGUCAAUGGUUGUCAAUGGUUGUUAAUGGUUACAGCGGUGAUGCGAACCACUCGAACGAUUUUACAAGGCUUUUCAUUUUCACCCAACAACAAUCAAUUGUUUUGCAUUCUGCACAUGUAAACAUGUCUGGCCAUGGAGCAAUAUCAUUUUGCUUGAAAACUUGUGAGGAUUGGUGACAGGAGAGGCAUCAGGUUGUAGAAAAUCCAAUGCAACGAAUUUCAUCUCACUCAUAUAAGCAUGGAAAAGGGGAUGUAAAAACAAUGAUGAUAUUGAUGACGAUGAUGAUGAAUUGCUGUAAUCCUAGAUGUGUUUCCUGCCAUGUGGAUAAACUUUCAGUGUGUAGCUAUGAUUCCUAUCAUCUUUCAAGCAAUGAAUUUAAUAACACUAAAGCCCACAGAGGUGACAGAAGAUUUAGUAAGCUGGAGGGCUUACAUAUUGCAGAAGAAGUAACCUGUGUUGGUCUUUUACAAAUAACAACACCAAUAAUUACAUACUGGGUGAGACAUACUGAUUGGAGUUUAUGGCAAGCAACAUGUGGGUCGCUUGACAUAACUGGAAACAAUUGUGCCAUAUUCUUGGUGAUGGAGAUUCCUGUCAUCUAUCUUAACUGUCUUCAUGGGUCGUCUGGCUGUGGCAAGAAUGGAAACACAACUACCAGGAAGUUUCAAAACAAAUACCAUCCCGCUCUUCAUCAAUCUACGGUCAUCGUAUCGUCAAUAAUGGUCUUCUGGAAACAGUAGAAAGAAGCCAUGCUAGGACAAACGUUGUCAGGAGUGAAUUUUACCGGCAUAAUAAUAUAAAUAUACAGCAAAAAUUUUGACCAUUCCAAAGUAUGGCCGAAACUGAAGAAGGAGACGUUACCAGAUGUGAUCUUCAUUCUAUUUUGUGAAAAUAUUUCGUUUAGUUUAAAUAAAAGAUUAUUGAAUGCAUUUUAA